AUUAAUAGGAUGGAUAUUUAUGAUCUUAAAUCAAUAAAAAAGUUUGUGGAUUUAAUUGAAACCAAAACUGUUGAUUAUCAAUUGACAAAUUCAACAUUGUCUGAGGAUGACAAAAAUAUGAUAUUAAAAGUUAUUCUCAUUGAUAUGACAGAUCUAUUAGAAAAAUUAAAUAAAAUAGCUGAUGAUAAACAAAAUUUUUAUGAAUCGGGAGGUCUUAAAUAUUUUAUAAAGAUGUUACAAGAAUAUAAAAUAAAAAAUGAUUAUUCUCGAUCGGAUUUUAUGGAAAGUUAUUUAACGACAAUUGAUGAAAAACGUGAGCAAAUUGAAGCAUACGUUGGAUCAUUACUUUUUUUUCGUAACGGUAACUAUUUUGAUGAUGUAAUUAAAUUUUGUCCAUUCGUACCCAAAAUUACUAGGACUCUUAAUGUAUUAGAAUACGGGGAAUUUUAUGAGAAAGUGUAUCAAAAAUUAAUGGCUGCUAUUUUAUCUGAUAUGAAAGAAGUAGAUGAAAGUAAUUUUUGUGGUCAAAGUUAUUCAUUUCAACAAGAGAUAUUUAAUUUUUAUCAUUUAGCAAUGACUCCAUAUCUUAAAAAAUUUAUCAUGUUUUACUUUCUUCACAUUAUUAAGGAUCGAUGUGAAGACAAAAUAUCUAUUGAUGCAAUAAGAGAAAAAUCCAUUUUAUUAGAUGGGUUUUCUGAAAACAUAAGAAUUACAAAAAAAGUAUUACAAGAUGUCACACAUUACAUGUAUCGAUGUGAUUUAAAAAGCAAAGUAAAAUCUAGCAAAGAAUCAUAUUAUGAAUUAGAAAAAAUGAUUCAGGCAAUAAUAAUUGAAGAAAAAGAUCUUAGUACAACUCAAUCUUGCAGUGAAAAUUGUAAUCUUCAUACUGCUAUUAAUCAUAUAGAGUGUAAAGAAUUAUAUGAAUGUCGAUACAUUGCCAGUAGUUUGGAAAUAUGUGAAAAAGGAUAUGGAGGUCAUUCGAGACGUUACGAUUGGUUUAAAGACAGCAACGGAGUUAUCUAUGGUGACAAUAAUAACGAAAAAUGUCAUCAAGAAAUAAAAUCUGUUUAUAGUUAUUAUAAUCCAUUAGAACUGACCUAUUGUGAUUAUUGCGUCUGUAGUUGUUUGAAAAAAUCUAUACGUGAAUAUAUGGCUGUAACCGCUAUCAGUUUUAGAGAUCAACUGUCAGAUAUUACCAAUAAUAUGGUUAUUGUGGGUGUGAGAUUUAUCAAGAAAAGCUAUAUGAUUCAUGUGCAAAUAAAAGAAGGGAAACUAAAAUCACGUGGAUCAGUAAACGAAUUAUCAUGGAGAGAAUUGGAAAAAUUUGAUUAUAAUGAUGAAACUGAAAAAUAUUAUGUUCAACAAAUUAAUGAAAGCUGGAGUCCACUGAUAUUGGGAGUUGAUUAUGGACAUCCAAGAACUAUUAAUUUUGAUGAUUUGUUUGCACCAGAGGAUUAUGUUGUUACAGGUGUUAGAUUUAGAUUUGCUAUGGAUUCACUUGACUCGCCGGAAUUAAAAGAAAGUCCGAUUGAACUACAAAUUCGAGUGACUCCUUUUGAUUAUUUAGAAGGAAAAAUUAUUAACCAUAAUCAGACACAUUGGAUAUCAUCAAAUUACCGAACAUUUAGAGAUGAAUUAAUUCUAGAAAAUCCUGAUAAACCAACAAAGUCUCCGGGAAAUGAACCAGACUCAAACACAAAUCAAUUUAUUAGCUUUCAAGCCUCUGAUUUGAAAAAAGAUGCCGGGCAAUCGACAGUUCCAUUUUUUGAUUCAUUAGAAGCUGAAGGUUAUCCCGAAUUUCCUUUAGGAGGAGUUGGAAUUAUGCAUCGUGGUCGCGAAGGUUUUGGUGGAUUUUUGACGUUUAGAAUUUUUGAUUUAAAUAUUUCUAAAUACUUCAAUGAUAAGUAUUAAUAUUAAUAUAAAUAUAUUAAUUUCAAUUAAAAAAUGUAUAAUGUAUGACCCUUUACCUGCUCACUUUUCAUUGGAGUGAGAUUAAACCACUCAAUAUAAAUCGGUAAAUUAAAUGAAAA